AUGUUGGAUUCUAAACCUUGUGAUACUCCAGUUGUUAAGGGUGCAAGGUUGUCUAUUCAUAAUGGAGUUAAGUUAGCUAAUGCAGCUGAAUAUAGAGCAAUUAUAGGUGCCUUGCAAUAUUUGACAAUUACUAGGUCUGACAUCUGCUUUGGUGUUAAUUAUGUUUCUCAGUUUAUGUAUUCACCAACAGAUUUACAUUUUCAGCUUGCAUUUAUAGGUUCAGAUUGGGAUGGUUGUCCAGACACUAGGAGGUCAACAUCAGGAUUACUUACACAAUUGGUAGAUGUUACUUAUAAUGCUUCAUCAUCUUCUUCAGUUCAAAUUACUUCGGAGGAAGAAUCUAAAACAACUUCUUCAGCACAAACAACUUCAGAAGAAGACUAG